UAGACGAGUUUGAAUAUUUGGAAGGUAGCAGCUGUUUCCAAAGAUGAAGUUACGAUGAUAUAAGCAGGCAGUUACUUUGCGACAGAGCCGAAAGACAGUCGUGCGCCGCACACACUUUCACGCCUCCACCUUCGUCCAUAAGCUGGGCUAGGCUGAGGUCGAGAAGUUUCAGGUCUUGCUAAUGAUUGACUCUGUUGUUGUGGUGGACGGGACAGGUUUCGUGCUGUGUGACGUGACCUUCACCACACAGUGAAAUGUAAUAAUGCAGUGUAGACAGCCGCUCUGCAAUGUGAGUGCGAAGUUCUUCUUCCAGCUGUAGAGUAGCCAAGGCUGACUGACUUUUACCUUUCUGAGUGAGUCGUAAACUGCAACGAAUAAAAACUGAGGCAGAUGAAAUAGACUGUAUGGAGCCGGCGGACCGCCUGACUGUCACUCUUGAAGAACAAAAUGACAAUCAUGACUACUUGCAGAUUUGAUCAAUUCACAUCAACACAAUGUUUACUAAGUCCUAUGUAGCCUAAGUCUUGUCUGCACAACUGGAAUGGACCAAAAUCAUGGCACAUUGUAAUCAACUUGCACCACCACCAUCGCCACCACCAUCGCCAAGCGAUGUUAAUCUAGGGGUUUCAGCCAAUCCCCAUGCUAAGCCUACGGACUUUGAUUUCCUUACUGUUAUUGGAAAAGGGACAUUCGGAAAGGUCCUGCUUGCCAAACUGAAAUCAGAUGGAAAGUUUUAUGCAGUGAAGGUUUUGCAGAAGAGAAUUAUUCUGAAGAAAAAAGAGCAAAAGAAUAUUAUGGCCGAGAGGAAUGUGUUGCUGAAGAGCCUGAAGCACCCCUUCCUGGUUGGGCUGCACUACUCCUUCCAGACACCAGAGAAGCUUUACUUUGUCCUUGACUAUGUCAACGGAGGAGAGCUUUUCUUCCACCUGCAAAGAGAGCGGUGUUUCUCGGAGCCACGAGCUCGCUUUUACGCUGCAGAGUUAGCGAGCGCCAUUGGUUACCUGCAUUCUCUCAAUAUUGUAUACAGGGAUCUAAAACCAGAAAACAUUUUGUUAGAUGCUCAGGGCCACGUAGUUCUAACUGACUUUGGCUUGUGUAAAGAGGGACUUGAACCAGAGGCCACUACAACUACAUUUUGUGGUACCCCAGAGUACCUUGCCCCUGAGAUGCUGAGGAAGGAGCCUUAUGACCGCACAGUGGACUGGUGGUGCCUAGGAUCUGUGCUUUAUGAAAUGUUGUACAGCCUGCCUCCUUUCUACAGCCGGGAUGUGGCGGAGAUGUACGAUGGUAUUCUGCACAAGCCUCUACGUCUGCCACCAGGGAAGUCUGAUGCUGUCUGCCACCUCCUUUUGGGACUUCUACAGAAAGACCAGCAUCAACGCUUAGGGGCUUCUUCUGAUUUUGUGGAGAUAAGAAACCACAUUUUUUUCUCCCCCAUCAACUGGGAUGACCUCUAUCACAAAAGAAUCACUCCUCCAUACAAGCCAAGUGUGAAAGGUCCAGCUGACAUUCAGAACAUCGACCCAGAGUUUACCCGGGAGAUGGUACCCAAUUCGGUGGGCCGUACUCCAGAUCUUGCCUCUAGUUUUGCCACCAGCAGUUCCAAUGCUUUCAAUGGCUUCUCCUAUGUUGAGGACGGCUUUCUCUGAGGGUGCUCAUCUCAGAACCACUCAUUCACCUGGGCUGUGACAUUAUGGUGUACAAGAACAGAGGAAAACACUAAAAGCCCUUUUCAUUAAACUGCACAUUGGUGGACAUGUGGGAAAAGGGCUUAUGGGAAUAUAAAAGCUGUUAAUUACAAAUAGUAUGCGUACAUCUGUUGGCAGGAAUAGGGUUACCAUAGAAAUUGCUGAUUCAGCUUAUUAGUGCAUAGAAUUGUGUUCUUGUGUCACAAAGCAAUUCAAGGUUGGCAUGAUGAAGGAACUAUUCCUUUCUCUCACAUAAUACAUUAGAAACCUGAACUGGUUUUAUACAAAUUUAGUUUAAUCAAACUCAGGACACUGUGCAGCCUUAUAUGAGCAUGUGAAGGAUUGAUAUUUUGUCACUUGGUAAACACUGUUUGAACCACAUGCUUAGAGUGCAAUAUUUGUAAACUGUAUUGUUGUAAGUAUGGCUUGUCUGUCGGACUGCUUUGCAAAUAGUGACCAAAUUUAUUUUCUGCGCACAAAAAAAGUCACUGUUGAGUUGAAUGAUGAUUGUUGACUUCUAAAAGUGUAUAUAAUCUUUUAUUAAACUGUGUAUUCAUGUUUAAUAACCA